AGGUUCAGGCAUCGCUUACUGUAGAAUGUUUGAGUCUCCCCAGAAUGAGGAGGAGCAUCAAGAAUGGUGUUAACAUUGGGGGUCAGACUUACUUUUUGUUUCAGGGGGUGAAAUUUGGUGUGCUUCCUCCUUCUCAUUUGGGAAGUCACCUGCUAAGAAGUUAACAAAUGCGCUAAGCAAGUCUCUGAGUUGUGCUUCCAGCCGUGAACCUUUGCACCCCAUGUUUCCUGAUCAGCCUGAAAAACCACUAAACCUGGCUCACAUCGUGCCUCCCAGACCUGUAACCAGCAUGAAUGACACACUCUUCUCCCACUCUGUUCCCUCCUCAGGAAGUCCUUUCAUAACCAGAAGGUUACUUGAGGGUGUGAGUGCAGCCAGUCCUGUGGCUGAUGAGCAUUCUCUCAUAAAGCUGUAUGUAAAUCAGCUUCACAACAACUCACGCAUGCUCGAUAGCCCGAACCGUCUUGAUGAGGAACACAGGCUGAUUGCCAGAUAUGCAGCGAGACUGGCAGCAGAGACAUCCUCAUCUCAGCCUAGUCAGCAAAGAGGUGCUUCUGAUAUCUCUUUCACCAUUGAUGCAAAUAAGCAGCAAAGGCAGCUGAUUGCAGAACUUGAAAACAAGAACAGAGAAAUCUUACAGGAGAUCCAGAGGCUACGGCUGGAGCAUGAACAGGCUUCUCAGCCCACCCCAGAGAAGGCCCAGCAGAAUCCUACUCUCCUGGCAGAACUCCGUCUUCUCAGACAACGCAAGGAUGAGCUAGAACAGAGGAUGUCUGCUCUUCAGGAGAGCCGGAGAGAGCUGAUGGUCCAGUUAGAAGGUCUCAUGAAGCUAUUAAAGACACAAGGGGCAGGUUCUCCACGUUCUUCUCCCAGUCACACGAUAAGCAGGCCUAUUCCUAUGCCCAUCAGAUCAGCCUCUGCCUGUUCUACCCCAACUCAUACACCUCAGGACUCUCUGACAGGGGUAGGAGGAGAUGUACAAGAAGCCUUUGCACAAAGUACAAGGAGAAAUUUAAGGAAUGACUUGCUUGUGGCUGCAGACUCCAUCACUAAUACCAUGUCCUCUCUUGUGAAGGAACUAAACUCAGAGGUGGGGAGUGAGACUGAGAGUAACGUGGAUUCUGAAUUUGGGCGGACCCAAUUUGAUGACCUUGUUCCAUCACCCACUUCUGAAAAGGCUUUCCUUGCACAAAUCCAUGCCCGAAAACCUGGGUACCUUCACAGUGGAGCCUCCACUGGCACCAUGCGCAGUGAUAUGGUUACAGAAGAUGGGGACCCCUAUGUGAGGACUGAGGAUGAAAAUUAUGAAAAUGACUCUGUCCGUCAGUUGGAAAAUGAGCUCAAGAUGGAAGAAUACCUGAAGCAGAAACUACAGGAUGAAGCCUACCAGGUCAGCUUGCAAGGUUGAGUGCAUAUCCUUCUAUCACUUUCCUCUCAAGCAGGCUACAGUCAGACAGAUGAUGAAAGUUAUGUGAAAACAGAUGAUGAUGAGAGUUGCAUCCAGACAGAGGAAGAAGACAACACCCUGGCAACCAACGUCACUGAAGAAUGGAACCAGCAUGUAGGACAGCUCCUGACAAGAAAUCCCAACCCCUGACAUUGUCUGCCUGCUGAAUGUAGCACUGCUAACCUUUGUUCUAAGAAUUGUAGUUUGUAGGUGUGUGUUUUGAGACAAAAAAAAGACUUUCGUUUAAAGUUAACUGCAUCUUCUGUCACAUGGCUCAUCACUGAUGAUGAACCCAAGCUAAAACACAGCGCUGCUGUUACAGCAGUGGCAGUAUUAACAAAACAUUUUAAAUCUUUGCACAUGAUGUUGAACCUGUUCAGUUUACAAUGAUGAUAUUAAUACUGUUUAUAGCCAGGAGUUUGAUUUCUGAAUACUUUGAGAUUUUAGUAGAACAAUUUACUAUACACUGUACAUUUUUUUUCCACAAGCAAUUGUAAAAAGCAACCUCUUGUAGUUAUUCAUUAGCCCUAAAGGAUUCUGUUCCUGGCUGCUGCACCUACUUGGAAUCCAGAAGCCAAGAAGGUGGCAUAGUCUGUAACUUGAUUGCAAGUCUCUGUUAAAAAAAAUAAAAAAAAGAAAAGGUGACCCUUACCAAAUGCAGCAGGAUAGCCCUAUUCUCUGGGCUAAUGUAUAACUUGGGGUUGUUUUCUUUCAAGAUACUCUAAUAAAUCAGCCAUAGAAUUUAGUGUAAAUAUUUUUUUCCAAAUAGAUAUCAUAUACAAAAGAAGGCAACAUUCAAAUUAUAUAGAAUCUAGUUUUUAAAUCAGCACAGAUCUUCUUAAAACUGUGAACUAUGUUUUGAAAUACUCGUUACUAAAGCUGUUUAUAAACCACAGGUGCCAUAAGAUUCCCCAAACCGACUGAAGUCCCCUAUGCUCUUCCAUGCUUUCGUUUCAUUGUUGUUUGGGCUUUCAGAAGCAUGUCUACAACACUUCUCCCUGCUCAGUCUCAUCCGUCCCUAUCAGGUUGUUUGGAGGCCUUCAGCUUUAAAUGUACAGGCUUAAAGUGCGCUUGUUAGUGUUGCCUCUUCUAUUUUAUUUCCUGAAUGAUUGUUGUUGUGUUGGGGGGGGGGGUUUGAGGGGGGGGUUGUUUUGUUUUUUGGUUUUUGCCUUAGUAGGCCACCAGGUAUACUCAGUGAAGGCUAGGGCAGUGCAAAAGGAGACUGGCCCAUUCAGAAGACAACAGGAGGGGAAUUUGGAAUGCAGUGGGGAUUGUGGGAAAGAGAAGGAGAGAAGCUGGGGUUGGCUCUUUGUGGCACUCCAUCGGGUAGAUGGAAGGGAGAAAUUUUCUUUAGGUCUUUCAGCGUUAUUAUUAUUUUUUAAAUGAGCAUUUUGGAUUUGUUGCCCUAAAAAUAGGAGGUAUUCUGGUCAUUCCCUUUCUUCCCUGAAACUUUAGAAAGGAAAUGAUGGAACAACAUAAAUAAAAUUUUCUUUUGGGGAAUCAAUUUUGGGACAUCCUAAGAAUGCUGAAAAUAUUUCUCAGUUAUCCCCUCACUUGCUCUUGGAUUACUGAGACCCAGGUUAGGUGACUAUGUUCUGCAUCUUAGGCUCCCAAAGCCUUGGGCCCUCUCCAUAUGUGGUUACAGGGGAAAGCUGCCCAACAUAGAGCACAUGUCUGGUCAGAUGUUUUUCAGCUCAAUUUCCAGAGGGCUGGAAGACAUUCCUCCCCAUGUAGUUGGUCUGAAGUAGCCUGCCUCAGGGUUAUCCUUAUGUAAUUAAAAAUAAAUCAGAAGUCAUGCUUGUCUGAAGUAGUUCACAGGGAAUCCUGUGCUAGGAUGAGCAUAGACCAAAUAUCACUGGCACCCCAGUCAGCAUUGGAAUAGUGCCCAGGUUUCUUCCUCAUUGGAUGUUACUUUCAUUGGGUGUGUUUUUCUUUUCUUUUCCCUUCCACAUAUCAUUUAUAUGACCCUUAGAAUUUCUUUGAGAGGAGGGAUUAUUUUAUUCUUGGUCUUGGUAGGCCCACAGCACAGUGCCUGGCACAUAGUAGGCACUUAAUAAAUGCUUGCUGUUUGGGUGGCAUCUGCCAGCCUCCCAUAAAGGCAGGCCAUACCCAGUGACAGCAUAGCCCUCCCUGCCCCUACCAGCCAGGAAGAGCGACCACUGGUGCCUCAUGCUCAAGCUGAAAUCACUCUCAGCUUUGAAUUGCAGCCAAGUGGUUUCUGAAUACAGAGUCCCACAUGGCCAAUGUCGCAUCCCUAGGGACCUUCAGCAGCUGACAGAGCUGCCAAAACGUGUCAUCGUUUUUUUGGGGUUUUUUCACAUUGAAAAGUCGGUUUACAGUUUAAGGCAUUAUUGGGACAUACCGUCAGGCUCUCCCUUGGGCAGAGGAAUUGGGGUACCACCUAUCGUUCAUCAGGCAGAUGCGAUAGAAUCAAGCCACUGCAAUGCCUUCCUUGGGGGUCAUUUUCAGUGAUCUAUUUCAGAAUAGCCAGCCACCUGAUAUUUCUGUGAGCUCCAUAUCAGCCCUGCAGAUCAAAUCCAGGCACCCAAAUCCUGCAGUUGAAAAGAGGUGGCAUUUUUUUGUUUUGUUUUUUGGCUCUCCAGGUUUACAUUUUGAGUAUUUUCUUAAUGAAAAGCCCAGCAGGUUUCCAUCUGUCCAUUUGAUACAAUUAUAUCUUGUGGUGGUUGUUUCUCGUUCAUUCAACAAAGAAUUACACACUCAUGGCCCAUAGCAAUGGUAGCAUUUUAGUGCACAGUGUAAACACACAGCCAAACCCCCAAGACAUGGCACCUAGGUCAUGGGAGGGAGAGGCUAAUCAGGAUCCAGAGUACUGUUGCAGUUGGUCUGGGUGGGGGUUGGAGGAAGCUGUUGCAGAUGGUCCAAAGGGAUGUCCAAAGAAAGAGGUGAAGAAGAGUCUCUUGAACGCUCUCCAGCAAGGCAGUGAAGGUUCGACUGUAUGUAGGCCCGUGAACUGAAUUGCAUUGAAGGAGUGUGGCCUUUGUUGUGAUAUAAGACUUAUUUUCUUAUAUGCAUGAGCCAAACUGUUGCAUCUUAAUUUAGCACAGGUGUCUGCCUUUAUUUUGAUCAUCUUUGUCCACCCUUUAUGAGUUCUUGGCUGUUAACUGUAGAUAGAUCUUGUAAAUAAUGCAACCCGAGGUUGCUAGGAUCACCUUGGUUCAAUUCAGCGCAAGGAGCCACAAACAGCAACUCCACUGUGUCCUCAGCAGAAAGGGCAUUUUUACUUUUGAACCAAAAAAUAAAUUAUACAUAUAUACAUAUAUAUAUAAAGAGUUACAUCUUGAGGCUACUAACUGUAAGACUUUUUAAUUAUGACUACUGUAAUUUGACACCGUUUGAAACAAAGGAUACAGAGACACUAAAGAUUUCACAAUAUUCAAUGGUAUUGUAACAAAACUACUAUUGUAUGGGUUUUUUUGUAUUGCUGUUAAGUAUUGUUUUGUGUGUGUGUUGGAACCUACUGGGGACAUGUUAUAUUUUGAAGUGAUUAAACUAUUUAAUUGUGUGUCUAUAUUUUGGAAUGGAAUUAUUUCUUCAUUAAAAAAGGUUUUUAAA